AUGUCCGCAACUACGCAAACUCAACCUCCAGUGGAGUCAGUAGUUCCAGGACUUUCUACACCGCAUCUAAAUAAUGCUGAAGCCAAUCCAGAACUUGAUCCUUCAAACACAUCCACUACAGAAAAAAAACCAACUAUCUUUGACAUUACUCAUGAGAUAGAACAACAAUUGAAUAACUCAUUGGAUUCGUUGGAGAAGAAUCAAAAGGAAAUGAAUCAUAAAAUCGAUUCAAUAAUGCAAACUAUUACAAACUUACAAAAAUCUACCUAA